CGUUCACGCUUCCUUUUCUCGCUCCGCAGCGGCGGGAGCGCGCACUGGAUCGCACGCUCGCUGGAGAGGAAAAAAAGCGCCGUCGGACCAACAGCGACUCACCGGGAAAAAUGUUCCUGCCACCGUCCUUCAUCCAAGCUGUCCACGUCUGCAAAAAUCAUGUGAACGGAUCGGAAACGUGCCAGGACUUGACUUCUUUCAACCAUUGAACUUGUUUAAGAGGACUAUAAACUCCGGGGGGCGUUUAUAAAACACCGAAAUUGAAGUUAACAUUGAACAGGUGCAGAAAAUGGCGAGAAGGCUCCUACAGAUACUUGCCUUAUGGACAGUUGUGGUUGGCACAGCACAGGGCUGUCCAGACCUUUGCACCUGCCAGGAUAAAGUUACCCAAAUGUUUGCCAAUUGUGCUAGUAGAGAUCUCCUAACUGUGCCUGUUGGCCUGCCCUCCAAUGUUACCACUCUGAGUCUUACAGCCAAUAAGAUCAAAAUACUGACAAGCAAAAGCUUCAUUAAUACCAUCCAGGUCACUUCUCUCUGGCUGUCCCACAAUCAGAUCGUGACCAUAGAGACGAACACUUUGGUGCCCCUGGUUCAGCUUCGCAACCUGGACAUCAGCAACAACAAAAUUGUAAGCUUUCCAUGGGAAGAUCUGCGGAACCUCACGGCACUCCAGCUUCUGAAAAUAAACAACAAUGAGAUGACAAGCCUUCCAAGGGAUGCCUUUUCCACGCUCAAAGACCUGAGGUCACUCCGCAUUAACAACAACAAGUUUACCACCAUCGCGGAGGGGACUUUCAGUGCCCUCUCCUCCAUCUCUCUCCUACAUAUUUUCAGCAACCCUUUCACUUGCUCCUGCAGUCUGGAGUGGCUGAGGGAUUGGAUCACAAACACCAAAAUUGCUGUCCCAGACUCAAAUUUAAUUCUAUGUGAAACGCCUGAUAAUUUUAAAGGUGUGAUGGUUACAAAGAUUCCUAAACUGAAUUGUGAAGCUCCCAUUGUUAGUUUAACAUAUCAACCAAACAUAGAGAACACUGAUCUCUAUGAAGGUGUCUCUGUCAUCUUGAAUUGUGAGACAAAAGGAAGCCCCAAGCCACAGGUCAGCUGGGAGGUGACUGCGGGAAAUCAAAAUUAUCUAUUCCCCUUACCCUCCAUGAGAGAAGUCAGUGAUUUACCAAUAAAUGAUAAAACAACCAACAGCAGAUUCCUCGUCUUUGGGAACGGCACUCUCAUCAUCCCUCGCAUGAGUAAAAAAGAAGAUGGGAGUUAUAGCUGCUCUGCAAUGAAUGAGUUAGGCAAAGCAGAGAGCAGUGUUAAACUGGCUCUGGCAGGCACCCAAAGUCAAGGCAGUAAUUCAAUCUCUGAUGCAACUGUGGACAAGAUCCAUCCAUCUGCUAAAAGGCCUGGAGACCCCAAAGUCUCCAAAAACAAUGAAAUAAACUGGGCCAAGCACGGCGAAAAGACAAAAUUCAGCCCUGAUGGUGCAAAAGACAAAAUUUCAGAGCAGGCUGGAAGUUUGCCCAAGGACCCCACCUUUGCAAGCAAGUGUGGUGUGAGAGACAGCAGUGAAUACAUAUCCAACCACGCCUUCAACAUGACCCUGGAUGACCUGAAGCAGUACACCUUUGAUUUUGGAGUUAUUGCAUUAGAAGUAUCUGAGACGGAGGCCAAAGUGCAGCUGAAUCCGCUACAGCUUCCUAACAGCAAAUCGAACCUCCAUCUCAGUCAUGCUGAUACCCAGGAAACAGUGAAUAAAGAGCCCGUGGGUCUGCUACAGUCCUCAUCCAGUAAGGGCACACUCGACAGGCUUUAUCUCUGUGUACAGACGGGAAAUGGACACUCCGUGGUUCAGUGGUCUGAUAUCGAGGAGGGUGUUAAUUCCUACCGCUUCCAUGGUUUACAACCUGGCACCAAUUACACUCUUUGUCUCGCCUAUGGGGCGAAGGACUGCCAUGUCCAAGUAGUCUUCACAACUAGUAAGAAAAUCCCCUCCCUGCUCAUCAUCGUGGUUGUCAGCAUUUUCCUAUUGGGUCUGGCCACUGUCCCUUUGCUGGGAGCCACCUGCUGUCACUUAUUAUACAAGUAUCAAGGAAAGACCUACAAGUUAAUCAUGAAGACUCAAAAUGCCGAUCAGAUGGAGAAACAAAUGACAAGAGAUUUUGAUCCCAGGGCGUCUUUUGUGGAGUCAGAGAAAACCUUCAAUCCCAGCGAGAUAGGCGAAGAGGAGGCAGAGGUGGAGGGAGACGAGGGAGAUGGAGAGGGGGAGGCUGAGGGGAGCGUGGUGACCGAGUCUAUCCCCGGAUCCUCGUCCAAAACUAACCAGGAAGAUUUUGAAGCGGGAUCCGAGUACAGUGACAGAUUACCGCUGGGAGCUGAGGCCGUGAACAUCUCGGAGGAAAUCAACGGCAACUACAAGCAGCCCAGCCGCUGAGCCGCGGACUCCUCAUGCUCUGUAAAAUAGUUUACAACCUACAUUUAAGCAGGUAACUCACGCAUCAUAGUUACAAGAUGGAAAAAAACCGAAGGCGUUAGAUUAGAAUAAUAAAAAAAAAAAAAGAUUCGCUAAAUUUUUACCUCAAAAAUCCUCCUCCAAUCAAUAAGAUUGUAAAAGUGAUUCAUGUUACUUUGUGGUACAUAGUGGGAUUAAAACCAUUAACUCGUGUUUACAACAGAGCAAAGAUUUACACAGUUUUAGCAAACCUCAAUAAUGACAGGAAAGCAGAAAAAUGUUUGAUUUUCUGUUAGGCCACAGACACAAAUGGGCAGGAGCGCAUUUUGUGCAAAAACGUCGCUGCACGUUGAAGUUUAACAAAGACAAAAAAAUAAAUAAAAUAAAUGGUAUUAAAUUUAUAAACACUUCGAGGGAUCACAAUAACAAGCAAGAAGUGCCAUAUUUUUCAAAGCCAUUUUGAGUAAACUGGCAUCAGGGACUAAUAUAUCUUAAAGUGUGUACGUCCGUGCAAGGCUGCAGAGCCAAUUAACAUCCACUCAGGUCGCCGUACUCCGACUUCUGGCUGUUAAACAAACGCAUUCGGUUCAUGGUUUUUGAUAAGAUUAAAUAAAAGAUUGCAGAUAUUUAGAGUGUUGCAUUAGACAGCGAACAAAACUGCGCCCUGCCCGCCGUUCCCGAAAGUCCAGCUGCGCUUUAUAGCGCACUGUACUUGAAGUGAAAAUCCCAGGUUAUUUGCGAACAAAAUGUUGUUUCACGUAACGUGUAAGGCUUUAAAAUGUGCGACUUAAACCUCUGAAUCGAUGGGUGCUUGCUGUACUCUUGCUUUUUACAACGAACUUGUCCAUGGCAUGUCACACGCAUUUCCUUGUGUGGUUUUCUUAGUGUAGUCGUAGGAUUUUAGAUGUGACUAUUUACCUGUGAUGUAAAGCCAGUUGAAUUGAAAUUAUUCUUUUUUACGACUGUUUCAGUGAAGUCUGAGGGGGGGAAAGACGCACUGAGUGACUGGCGGCUUCACUGUAAUGUAAUUUGAUGCAUAUAUAGUGAGUUUUGUGAACCAUGUUAUAAAACACGAACAAAAAACGUGUACUUUUGAGAUUUUUUUAAUAUAAUUUUAUGUAAGUGAAAUUAAUAAAACGUAUGAAACCGUA